AUGCAAGGUCAUCAACCAGCAGCGUAUACGCUUCGUAAGCAUGAAACAGAGGUUACGUGCUUGAAAGUGGUUAGUUGGGAACCUUACCCAGUUCUUGCAUCAGGGGACGCAAAGGGCGAAUUGUACUUAUGGAAUCUAGUUACCAGAAGACCAUUCGCGGGCUACAAACUUGAAACGAAAGCCCAAAUCAUCUAUAUUAAGUGGUUAAACAACUAUUUGAUUGUUCUCUCAAAGGAUCAUACGCUCAGGUUUUUACAGUUGCAUAACGAGACCGCUGUAGCUAUAAGAGGCUGGGCUGGAAACCAAUUUGAAUUGCAGAGCUUCAAAAUAGUAUACGAAGUUCCCGUGAAUACUCUGAACUUCGCCAACGUGGUUGUCACACAUAUGAGAGAGAGCCAGUAUCGCCUCUGGUGCUGCAACACCAUGGACUCGGAGUCGAUAGAUGUCUACGAGUUUGAUGUGAAGGAGCAGCGCUCGUUGAGAAGGCUGGUCAGUGGGAUCAAUCUCUACAAGGCCAUCAUAAAAGCGGGAAACUGGAGCACCGGCGAAUCCUUGGACAAAACGGGGAUUGUAAUGUGCUUUCUCGAGCAUAACGGUGUAGUUUAUCUCGGCUAUGAGUGUGGUUUUGUCCUCGGCCUUCAGCUAGUUGAACGCAGCGGUGAGAAUCCAACUAUUGUGGUAAGUUAUGUGUCUUCUGUGCACUACCCCGAGCCCGUUCUUUCGUUGUGCUAUAAUGAGCGCGAAGAAGUUAUUUUGAGUUCCUCUACAAAUGAUGCUAUUGGCGUACACGCACUUCAAGCUCACUCAGUCAAUGUGAGCGAGUCGGAAAUAGCUUUUUUCAGUAUUGAAGAGGGCAUCGCAAUUAAAAGAGAUCUCACUUUGAUCAAUAAAUCUAUUCACUUGCCUACUAGUAAAAUUGGGCAUCUUGGAUGUGUUGAUGGUAGGUUAAUUGCAGUUGAUUGGAGCGGGCGGACCCUGGUCUGUGAAAAAGAUGAAACAAAGUUUUGCUUUUCCAAGCAACGCAGUAAUGUCUUGGUUGAUGAGUCAAGCGCGGGAACAUUCGAUCAGGGAAAAGCACCCAGGUGUCACAUUAAGGCCACCAGCAUGGCUUGUAUUGGAAAACAGACCCUAAGAGAACUGCGAGGCAUACGCAGAGGCGAAAAAAGGCGCACAGAACUAUGUGCUAAUCGCAGCUGGUGUUUUACGGGAUAUGAAGAUGGAAGCGUUAUAAUGCAAAGUUUUGAAACUUGA